UCCGCGGUGUUUUCUCCCAGCGCGCGCUGCGCGUGACCUCACCGUUUCCUCACAGCUGUGCGAUAGAGCAGCAGUAGCGGCGCGCGAGCGCGCAGGAGCCGCAGAGUCCGCCGGUAUGUGUCGAACCGUUCUCGGCGCGUUAACGCACGCGAGCCGAGUCCGUCCGCGUUUUCCGCGCGUCGUUUACUAGACACAAGAUGGACGAGUCGUCGCUGCUGGAUCUGCUGGAGUGCUCCGUGUGUCUGGAGCGGCUGGACGCGAGCGCGCGCGUGCUGCCCUGUCAGCACACCUUCUGCCGCCGUUGCCUCGAGAACAUCGUCAGUUCCCGCCACGAACUGCGGUGCCCGGAGUGCCGCAUCCUUGUGGACUGCGCGGUCGACGAUUUGCCCGCCAACAUCCUCCUGGUUCGAUUACUGGACGGGAUUAAGCAGCGGCCACGGAACGGCGGAGGAAAACCGUCGCUGGCGGGAUGCGCGGCCGGCGUCGCGGCUUCUUCGCCCCCGGGGACGGCUGUAAGGGACCUGCCCGUUGCCACUCGAAGCUCUCCGGUUAAGAAUGUUCCUCAGCUGCCGUGCGGUAAAGCCCUUUACAGCUAUGAGGGGAAAGAGCCGGGCGACCUCAAGUUCAACAAAGGUGACAUCAUCAUUCUGCGACGUAAGGUAGAUGAGAACUGGUAUCACGGGGAGUUAAACGGGAGUCACGGGUUCCUGCCGGCCAGUUACAUCCAGUGCAUCCGACCGCUCUCCCAGACGCCUCCGCAGGGCAAAGCUCUUUAUGACUUUGAGGUGAAAGAUAAAGACCAGGACAAAGACUGCUUGACUUUCACUAAGGAUGAAAUUCUCACAGUCAUACGGAGAGUGGAUGAUAACUGGGCAGAAGGAAUGCUGGGAGAUAAGAUUGGGAUCUUUCCCAUCCUGUAUGUUGAGUUAAAUGAGACAGCUAAGCAGUUAAUGGAGAUCGACAAGCCCACAUUAACACCAGGACCCAGUACUGAUCCGGGAUCUCCACCAGCUGGUUCUCCUCUCUGUUCUGGAUCCAGCGCAGCUCUCAGUUGUAAUGGCAAUGGCAUCCACAGACGAAUGGAGGGCAAGAAAAACGCCAAGAAGCGACAUUCGUUCACGGCGCUCAGUAUGACUCAGCGUACGGCACAGGUGCUGGGAAACAACAGACACUCCAUGGAGAUCAGCGCUCCGGUCCUCAUCAGUUCCUCUGACCCGAGAGCCGCGGCUCGGAUCGGCGACUGUCCUCAUCUCUCCUCCAGCGCUCCCACGUCACAGGAUUGUUCAGUCACAACAGCGUCAGGCGUUCCAGCUCCACGCGUCACUUCUACAUCAGGAGAUCUGCUCGCCGCUGCUAAAGUCCAGCUGCCUCUUAACAUCUAUCUGGCCAUGUACGCUUAUAAACCACAGAAAGCAGAUGAGCUGGAGCUGAGGAAAGGAGAGAUGUAUCGCGUGAUGGAGAAAUGUCAAGACGGAUGGUUUAAAGGAACGUCAAUGCGCUCUGGAGCUUCUGGAGUUUUCCCGGGAAACUAUGUCACGCCCGUCUCCAGGGCUCCGUUUGCAGUCGGACAGACACGUGCGAGUGUUUCAGACAGACGGACUCAGUCAUCUCCUGGAUCGCCGGGUUCCUCAAGUCCGGUUCUGAUGGCAUCUUCGUCACGAUCCAGCACACCGCUCAACAGUCCCUCUUCUCCUCAGCUGCAGCCGGCGGCCGUUCAUCUGAAGAACUGUCUGCGCAUGUCCAGUCAACAAACUGUCAAUCAAACGCGCUCUGCCAUGCAGUUAGUUCACAGUCCAGAACGAGGCACGUCAGCCGUCGGCCCCCUCAGACCUCAGAUCAGUCCGUCACGCUCCCCCUGCUCCGGUCGACCCCUCUCAAUGGUGGCGGCUCCUCAGACGCACGCAUCCCUUCAGUCCGGUCCUCUGUCUCCAGCCUCCGCACGCCCUCUCGUACCUCUGACCUCCGCCGCGACCGCCGUUACGCCCCCUAACGUCAGCGCGGCUCAUCUGAACGGAGGAGACUCGUCUCUCUGCCCGCUGUCGUCCUCGUCUCCAGCGCACGCACAGGGCGCAGUCGCCGGCUUCACCAAACUUGAGGAGAAGAAGAAAGAGAAGAAGAGUAGUGGUCUGCUCAAACUUCUUUCUGGAGCUGCAGCAAAAAAGAAGUCUCGUUCACCACCGUCCGUGUCUCCGACCCAUGAGCCGCGUGUGUCAUCUGUGGACUCGUCGUCCUCCUCCUCUUCUUCAUCCGUUCAGGGUGCUAUGGCUCCAGAGCUUCGGUCUCUCGGUGGUCACGGUCGGGCCGGCUCGUGUCCUAUUGAGAGUGAAAUGCACGGUGCUAUGGCUAUUGAACCUCUUCACAGAAAGUCCGGUUCAUUGGAUCUGAACUUCUCUGUGUCUCCACCAGCACGUCAACCCUGUUCAUCCUCACCGCUGGCCAUCAGACCUGAACCUAAACCUUUAUCCAGAGAGAGGUAUCGUGUGGUCGUCCCGUAUCCACCGCAGAGCGAAGCAGAGAUCGAACUGAAAGAGGGCGACGUCGUCUACGUCCAUAAGAAACGUGAAGACGGCUGGUAUAAGGGAACGCUGCAGCGGACGGGUCGAACGGGACUUUUUCCUGGGAGUUUUGUCGAGAUCUUCUAAGAAACGUCAUCAACCGGCUGUGUCGAGGGACUCUGGGAAGUGACUUACAUGUGAAUUAUUUCAUCAUCCUUUCACACGGUGUGAAAUAUCGUCAGACGGGUUUAUUGUUUAUUUAACAUCUUCUGACGAACAGAAAUAAACCUGAGCAUCUUUACUGCCAUUCGUCACAGAUCGAUCACACAUGCACACGACACUUUCCAUGGAUACGGUUUACUGUGCUGUUUCUUUAAGAAGCACAAAUCUACAAAACUGUAAUUAUAUAAACAACAGCACAUGGUAAACAUGUUAGAAACACAUCAAACCUCUAUAGGACAAACUCUUUAUAAAUAUUUAUAAACAAUAAACAUUUUUAUAUACAAA